AUGAUUAUGAUCCGGAAACAAAUAAUACUUUGCUUCAUUCCUCUCCUCCUAUGCGUCUCAGCAGCGCGAAAGGAAAAGAAGACUACUUUAGAGGACGUCGAAAGAGGAUACAUCACUACUAAAUCCGAACUCUCUCCACCGCCAUUACCGAAAAUACCUGCUAAAUCACCGACACAAUUUGGUUUUGUUCCUGUUAAAACAACUGCAAAUUACGCCCAGAAACAACCAAAAAUAACGUACGCCCAACCUCAAUACACGUCAGAAAAUCAAGGAGAUAGUACUUAUCCAACUCAAAUCCAAUAUACAAUCGGAACUCAAUAUGUUUCGGGAACUCGUUACACUUCACCAGUCUAUACAGGACCUUCAAAGGAAGCGGCUCAAAAAACACCGUCACAUACACAAGCUUAUUAUGUACCUCAAGAGCAGAGUCAGGAUUUGAAGUACGAUAGCGUAGCGUACGUAGCAGAUAAUACUAUUGAUCAAGGAGCAGGUCAGCAAAACUACGAUAGUCAACAAUUUUAUUAUUUGCAACAGUACCAAGAGCCGAGCACUUCCAUACAAGCUGUCGUAGAUCCAAAAGGCGGAUUGCAGUAUAUAAUGUACAUUCCUACCUAUGUUCCAAAUCAACUUACCGAACAAACUCAAAACCAAGAAAACGUCGUUUAUACCAACAACCAGCAACAAACAUACCAAUCACCUCAACCAGAAUACAACACUUAUUCAGAAAAUCCAAAAACAUUUGAAACCGGUAAGAGCAUGUACAACUUGAAAGCAAAUGAAGCACCGUUCAUUAGAAGAGAACCGAAAAGUUUAUUGGACUCCUACAUACCGUCUUCUCUCCAAUUACAAUACUACAAACAGUCUCGAUUGAAUGCAAUCAGAGAUAAUCAAAAGUACGAGCAUUAUAGUCCAAUUGGUGCUGAAUCAACUUACAGGUAUAACAUCAGGCCUACGCCGUUUAGACAAUGA